CUGUCAGUUUCUGAAAUAAAUAUUGGGAAACGGCGAGAUGCAAAAGGCAACCUACUACGACAGCUCCGCAAUUUACAGUGGCUACCCAUAUCAAAGCGCAAAUGGCUUCAGUUAUGAUGCCAAUCAGGUCCAAUAUCCCCGGGCCUCUCAUGUGGAAAGUGAGUACCAUCGACCUGCCUGCUCCCUGCAGUCUCCUGACGGCUCCGUGGCUUUGCAAAAGCCGGGGGAGAUGGCGGAGAGCUGCGACAGGACCACAGCCAUUCAGGCGGCGCAGUCCAAGGUUCAUCCCGAAAGCAAUCAACCGCAGGUGCCGGUGUCAGGCCCACCCCCUCCCUCACAGUCCCCCGGUGCUAUCAGCCAAAACACAAGCAACGGAUCCAACCAACCAGCCAGUGCCAAGAACGACUCCCCGACCUCUACCGCUCGCAGCAAGCAGAUCUUCCCCUGGAUGAAGGAAUCCCGUCAGAACACCAAGCAGAAACCCACCAGUAGCUCCAGUUCAGUGGAGAGUUGCCCCGGAGACAAAAGCCCUCCGGGGUCAGCAGCAUCAAAGAGGGCCCGGACAGCUUACACUAGCGCUCAGCUUGUGGAACUGGAGAAGGAGUUCCACUUUAACCGGUACCUCUGCAGACCCCGGAGGGUGGAGAUGGCGAACCUGCUCAACCUCACAGAGAGACAGAUCAAAAUCUGGUUCCAGAACCGCAGGAUGAAAUACAAGAAGGAUCAGAAAGGCGUCGGAAUGAUGCCUUCUCCCGGUGGACAGUCCCCGCGCAGUCCCGUGGGCCCAGCUUCCGGUGCCGGCGGUGGCGGUGUGGGAGGCGGAUACCUCAACUCUAUGCAUUCUCUCGUAAACAGUGUUCCAUAUGAAUCCCAGUCGCCGAAUUCUUACAGUAAACCUCAUCAAAACGCAUACGGUAUGCCUACGUCAUACCCCCCUCCUUUAAAUAACUCCCUCAACAACUGCCCGCCCUCCCAGAAGAGGUAUCCCGGGAACGACUCUGCCACGCCCGAGUAUGACGCGCAUCCCCUCCAAGGCAAUGGCAGUUACGGGACGCACAUGCAAGGCAGCCCUGUUUAUGUCGGCGGAGGUUACAUCGACUCAAUGCCCAGUUCUGGGGCCUCUGUUUUCGGUCUGACCCACCUUACGCACCCACCGUCCGCAAACAUGGAGUAUAAUGGAGCAAUCACAAUGGGUAACAGUCAGCAUCACGGAGUGUGUGAUCCAACACCGACGUACACAGACCUAACGCCGCACUACUCUCAGGGAAGAAUCCAGGAAGCGCCCAAACUGACGCAUCUGUAGCAGUGGCGCUGCCUGGAUCACUCCGCCCAUUGUCUUAUCCACCUCCAGACAUAUUACUGCUUUGUUUCUGCGCCUCCUCACGGCUCCCACCAUCUCUCUGCUUUUGUUUAUGUUCCCUAUAGUUUUUUCCCCCUUUUUAUUUUUUUGGUGUGUGAAGUAGCGUAGGAAAAAUAAUCACGACUUGCUUGAAUUUGCUCGUGUCAUUGUCUCACACAGACCUUUAUCUGGGCUGUAGGCGGGAGGGGAGGGAGGGGGGCGCAGUAUAUGCAUAGACUUAUUUAAUCUUUUUUUAAUGUUUUCAAAUCAAAAACUCAAACAGGGUAUUAUGAACACAUGUUAUCCAUUUUCAAUGUGAAUUUGUCCGUCCUCUUAUUUAUCCGCAGUUGAAGAAUUAUGUUUUCUCUCUCUCUCUCUCUUUUUUUUUCAUUUUGCAUUUUGUUGCACUUAUGUGUAAGGGUCCUUCAAGAGCCACGAGUUGGGAUUAAGAGGGAAAAUACGUUUUCAGAAGCAAGGGUCAUGAGCUUACACGCAACCCCUCCCCCUUGCUUGUGUUUGUUCCAUUUUUUGGACUUUCUAAUGUUAUUUAUUUUGUUUGGUGUGAAAGAUAAAAGAGUCCUUUAGUAUUAUUUGACACCCCCUCCAUCUUUGUGUGGGUAGAAGGUUGGUGGAAAAUUUGCGUCUCGGCCCUUUUUCAGCCCAUACAUGUUAGUCUGCAUUAGCUCCUCAGCAGCAGAAAACCUAUGUUCCUGUUAGAGGCUAUGUUUCCAUUUUUUUCUUCUUCGAAGGAGGUGUUUUAUUUUUCUCAGCGAAUGUAAAAAUCAAUCAGUCAUGCAAUAAGGGUGGAAAAGAAGGACAUAUUACGUUAGCUGUUUCUUUAUUGAAGUAAUAAGAAACAAACUUUUUUUUCGAUGUCAUACAUUCCAUGCUGCUCCAGUUAGAACAAAUAAAUAAAAGAAUUGAAAUAUACCGAAAGCAUAGCCUUCGAUUUUAAUUUAGACUUGGCAGAAGCAUUGCACAUGAUCACAAAUCACGAAGUGGACUAAAAAGAAUAAAUAUACAUCUUUCGGUUUCUCUGCAAUAAAAUGGAGGUGAAAAAAAAAUCAGUUUCCAAAUAUAUAGUCAGGCAAAUAGACGUAAAAGAAAAGAAACAAAAAUGUUUUAACAAUAAUAAAUCAUAGAGUAGCCUAUCACACAUAUAGAGUGGCAAUACAUUUCUAUUUUUUCAUACAACGUAACGUGGAAUAUUGGCCAUAAAUAUUAUCCAGUAACAUGCAGGCAAAUAUUGGCAGAUAUAGUAAAAAUGCGUAAUAAAUGCUACAUUCUUUUUUAUUUUAUUUUAUUUUUUAUUUUAUUUUCCUCCCCUUCACUUGAUUCGAGGUGAAGAAAACUCCAGGGUGGCCCUCUCCCCUCCUCUCAUCUGCGUGGGCACAUCCAUAAUAAUAAAAAUGUCACCGGGGCCCUUCUGGAGAAUCUGCAAGAAGACAACAAGCUAAAUGAGAAAUCGUUUAAAAAAUAAUCCGCUGAUAUUUUCAGUCAGUCAAAUGCGGUCAGAGAGGAUACAGUCUGAACUACAAUCAUAACGCGGCUUAUUGGUCUCAUUAUUCUACAGAUUUGCAGAUGCCAGAGUGGUAAAGCCAGCUCGGUACGAAGCAGCUCCGUUGUGAAGAUGGCUACAACAAAAGGAAUUAUCAAUUUAAAAGCUUUUUUUUUUUUUUAAUGACAUUAUAUUCGUUUUAUUAAUUUUAUAAAAUUAAAAAGGUGCUACAAGAAUUAUUGUUAGUAUUAUCAUUUUAAUAUCUCUCUUAGAAUUUUUUCAGGCAUUUUCAGUAUUUAUACAUUUCCAGUAUGCAACAGAGACACAGCUGGAGCUAAAAGACUACACUUUGGGUGUGCAAUUAACUAAAUGUGGACAGUGUAUACAUCAUUAUGUUUAACAUGCUCCUUUAUUUCGAAACCGAUGUUUACAAGCCUACUUUUUUCUACACUUGCUACAUUAUUUGCUCUCUUUAAUUUUGCACUAAAUAAUGAUAAUAAUAAUAAUAAUUUCAGCCCAAACUGAUUGAUUUAAGUGGGCAUGAACAUUACUGGCCCUGACAUAUGGCUAGCAGGGAAAACUAGAACAAUUGAACCAUGGUGUGUCACUGCAAAAAAAAAAAAAAAAAAAAAAAAAAAAAAAAGCUGAUGGAUUGAGUAUUUCUGCAUCCAACACUGCCACACACACACAGAGAUCCGCGCACACGCGUGCACGCGCUUUAACAACAAGGCAAAGAUUUAACCCAUAAACAGGUAGCACGCUGAUAUAGUUUUAAGUGAAAGAGAAGACUUGGGCAUCUUACAUCCGUGGGAAAGUGGUUCUAAAUCAGUCCUGCUAUAAAGAUAAGUGUGUAGGACAGGCUGGGGUCCACUAAAAUGCAGCCACCCACUCCUUUUCUUUCACACAAAGCCUGUGCGUAAUUCCCCCGAAAAAAGUCAUCCGUCUUUGCCCCUAGCAACUCCGUCCUUCACUCCGCUUUCUAACAUGCUACUUAAACGAAAAGUGAAUGUAGUUUAAAACGCAUUGAGAAUUCAAAGAUAAAAGCCAGGUGAACACGCUGCUUCGCCCUACUCACCGCUGGCGCGUUACCGCCUCCUCAUAAAAAAGGAAAUGGUGGCAUCUCGUGUAGCUGGAUUCGUAUUUAUCUUUUAAAAUAUCCCUCCAGCGACAGCUAGACUAUGUCUGUGAACAGAAACUGGUUCUAAUCUGAGGGGCCAGUGUUUCUCACCGGCUUCCUGCCUGCAUUUGAUCCGGCAGAGAGUUAGAAGCCUUAAAUGUGUUGUGAGGGCACCGAGCUGUCAGACCUUUUGGCGAGUAAGAUUGAUCGCGCGCAGGCUUCCAGGACUCUUUGUUUGGUAUAUAAGCAACAAACUGAGAGAAGCCUACCACUUCUCUUCUUCCAUCUCCUACUCACCGAGCCACUUUUUAAAAAAUGAAAAUACGGUAUGUGCUGACUAACGAAAAAAAAAUAUCACAAACGUGGUUUUCACAGAUUAUUCUGGAAGAGGUAUGAAACCAAACACGGCGGGGAAGGGCAAUCCAAUAACAUUUCCAUCCGCAUAAUAACGCUGCAAAUGGAUUCGUUGUAAGUGGUCGAUUGUAACUGUGUUUGCUUCAUUGCAAUUUCAGGUAGAAAUGAUAAUGGGAAUACAAUGAGAGGCUUUUCUCAGCACUGUAACCAGUGCCCUUCCAAUAAAUCCAGAUUUAGCCCGUGGAGUGGCUUCCUGCUUAAUAUGAAAAAGGAACCGUUUCAAAGAUGUGAGAAGGCAGUAAUUAUGGUAGAUUUUAGUUAUCGAAAAUUGUGACCAACACCAACAAUGAUAAUAAAAGAAAGAGCUCCUGUGGGUUUACUAUAAUAUUUGUUAGUAGCUGCACGCACACGAGCGUGCAUGACCUCGUUAUAAUACCUUUUUGUGGAAUAAACGAAACUCCUAUGUGCCUUAAUAUCAUAUCUGUCAAGUCAGCAUAAAAAGCCUAUAAUAAUAAUAAUAAUCAUAAUAAUAACAAUAAUAACACUGUUUGUGAGCGCAUACGCAUAACACAUGCCAGUGUGUCCCUGCGCAAAUUUCUACACAAUAGCUGUAAAUGUUCAACCACUGUUAUGGGUUGGUGAAAUGGUCUGAACGUGCCAUAUCUGUCAGUAUUAACUUUAUGGAUGGGCCUUUUUAUUGCAACACAUGCCAGCGGAUGCACUGCAUAUGUCAUUAUUAUGAAACCUUUAAAGAAUCACAUUCAUUCUGGUGUCCACACUCACCUCACAGCGAACAGACUGGAUUGUUGUGGUUUGUUUCUGUCGAGAAAUCUCAAAAUCAGUUUUGAGCGUUUCAUUUUUUUUCCACCUCUGAAGGCUGACUCUUGAUUGUAUGAAUAGCUGGGCUACUGGCGUGAAAUGUGUGUGUGUGUGUGUGUGUGUGUGUGUGUGUGUGUGUGUGUGUGUGUGUGUGUGCGGUGUGUGGUGUGUGGUGGGGGCGUUCUCCACUGACAUCCUCAAACAAUACGAGAAAGAGGAGUGCACGAAUCCGCGCACCCAGGCUGUGCUCUUUCCCUGUAAUAGUGAGCGCGUCAGCCAUUCUUAAAAAACACAUUUUGUAGCUUAGUGGAGUGGACUGCAGGGCGCGAGGAGGAUAAACUCAGCAGACAAAGAUGUAAAUAUAAACAGUCGUCCCCCCCCAGCUGAGCGAGGCGUUCUUCACCAGAGUUUUGGAUCAAUCAGGCAGACAGUGGCUUCUUUUGAUUAAACCCCAAAUUGUCAUUGGGCAGAGGUAAUCAUGUGACAGGCAAUUCGGUCCAAUUUCAACCUUGUCUCCAUGAAUUCAAUAGUUUAAUAGCAGCUCGGUCCCCAUACGGCCGUAAUCAGUGAAAUAGAAAAAAAAAAAACAUUACAAGGAGAUUUUUUUGAUGAUUUUUUUUUCUUUUUCGUCAUCACUGAGCUGCAACAUUUUUUAAGAAAUACGCGUGCAAACUUUCCUCGGCUCUCAGGGAGAG